AUGCCCGUGUGCGCGACGUCAGCCAAGGACGCCAUUCUGCACCGACCGUCGUCACCAGCGACGGUCAUCCACGAGCCGGAUGCUGGCGUCUCCAAGACUCGUGUGAGCGUGCUCAUCAUUGGUGGCGGGCCGCACGCACUUGCGGCGCUCUCCGCCUUGCACGAGAGCUCCUUCGCCUUUGGGCAAUUCACGUCAGACAACGCCUUCCAGCGGCGAGUGGGCUUCAAGAACCUCCAAAAGAUUGGCAUGGUCGGCAUCAUCGAUCCAAACGAGGGCUUCUGCGAGGGAUGGAACAAGCGCUUCGCGUCCCUGGAGAUUGAGCACCUGAGAAGCCCCGCGCUGGCCCACCCGCUCGCCUUUGAGCCCAUGGCGCUCGUGAACUUUGCGUUGCGCGAGGGCCGCGAGGGCGAGCUACUGGCAGCGCCCUUUGUAAGCAGCAAGCUGGCGGACGAGGGCUUCUCGAUGCAAGACCCGCGCCUCUACAGCCUGCCGUCGACCGCUCUAUUCCGCGACUUUUGCGCGUCGCUCGAGGCCAAGCUACCCCACGAGUGGUACCGUGGGUAUGCGACGCGGGUGGCCAAGGACGGCGACAGCGGCGAGUACAUGGUGAGCUACGAGUGCGAGGGCGUCGAGCACUGCGUUGUCGCCGAGGCAGUCAUCUUCGCGACGGGGCCGACCGGGCCGCCGAUUGUGCCCUCCCCGUUCCUCCCGUUCAUGGGCAGCACGAUGGCGGACGGCGUUGACGGCGUUCCUCCCGUUCAUGGCGGACGGGUGACGCACACUGCCGAGCUGCUCGGCCGGGGCAGCACGAUGGCGGACGGCGUUGUCGGCGUGCGGGGCGCGAGGGUGCUCGUCGUCGGCGGUGGCCUCACCGCUGCGCAGGCCGCGCUGGCGGCGGUGGGUGCCGGCGCCGCCCGCGUCGUCCUGCGCUCUCGCCGGCCGCUCCAGACGCGCGCCUACGACCUGCACGACGACUGGGUCGACAUGCGCAAGACGAACCGGCUGCGCUUCGACUUCCUUUGCAUGGAGGACCGCUGCGAGGGGGCGAAGCGGGCGGCGCCGGGCGGCACAGUGCCCGCUUCCUACAUGGAGGAGCUGCGCCGCGGGGCGGCGAGCGAUUCUAGCGCGCUCGAGCUGCAGGUGGACGGGGGGAUUGAGCAGAGCGCCGUGCGACUCGAGCGCGGCGAGUUGCAUGUCGACGGCGACGCCUUCGACCUCGUGAUCCUCGCGACGGGCGCCGCCAAGACGCCGCUGUCGUCCAGGUUGUACCAGCAGGUGCAGGCCGACUUCUCCGCGCCGGUGCGAGACGGCUUCCCGCGCGUGGACACGUCGCUGCGGUGGGCGGACGGCGAGGACUUGUUCGUGGUCGGUGCCAACGCCGUCCUCGAGCUCGGCCCCGGCGCGCUCAACCUGAUGGGCGCGAUGCGCGGCGCAAAGAUCAUCGCGGUGGCGCUCCGAGACCUGAUGUGGACCACCAAGCGCGACGGGGCGCCUUCGGCGGUGGUCAACGUGAACAGCUUCUCGUGCCUCGGCCUCAAGGACGCGGUGCUCCUCGGCUUCGCCGACAGCUCGGACGAGGAGGACGCCGCCAGCAGCUCGGACGACGAGCAGGCGGUGGUCGGCGAGGCGGUGCGGCAGCUGUCGUCGCUCUCCGUGCGCCCGGCCGCUUCAAAGAAGAAGCAGGAGCCGCCCCUCUCCAAGGCGAAAGCGGCUCGCCUGCGCGCUCGGAAGCACAGGAGGGCCACAAAGGCGUCGAAGGGCAUGUGA